AUGCCCUCAGGUCUAUCCUCUGCGCAUCGCCAAAACCACGACCAGCUCGUCGCCGUCCAAGAUGGCCACCAGCCUGCCGCGCCCUCUGUCGGAGAUCUCGCCGACCGAGAAGCGCCGCAACUCCCCCAGCUGGCGCCAGUACACACCCACAAAGGUCCGUCGCUCCUCCCUGCCUGCCGACCACCCGGGCGGCCGCCGUCGAGGCCCCUCGUCCGUCUCGAGCCUGGACGAGGCAUCCUGGAGCUCGAGUCUCCCGUCGUCCCUCCAUCCUGCCCGACCGGCCGGCUAACGCUCGCGAUGCAGAAGGUCGCGCCCCCGGCCAACGACUCGUCCCCAUUCCAGUCUUCGCCUCUCGAAUCGGCCACCUCACCCCGACUCUUUUGGCAGAACCGAAAGGCGGACGACAUGUUCGACUCGGCUCGCACCGGCUCCCCCUCGCCCACCCGUCGGUCGUCCAUCGAGCGCCUCCAGAGGGCCUCGCGCGUCAAGAACAGCAACAUCCUGGCCCUCGAGCAGAAGCAGGAAUAUGAUCCCACCCGCAUCCACCCCCUCGAAAGACCGCUCGCCAAGACCCAAGCGAACGCGGCCUUUGCCUUGUCGUCGAGCUCCAGCGGCCUCCGCUCCUCCGAUUCGGAGCCGCGAGCCUUCGACAGCACCUCGAGCCUCUCCAACAUGAGCACCUCCAAGACCUCUCCCACGCCCUCCACCUCCCUCCACGGCGCAGCCCGACCCACCAGUCCGAGCAAGGACCAGCCGUCGCCCACCAAGUCGUCCCUAUCGCCCACAAAAUUCAGCAGGGGCAGCUACGACGCCGAGGGCGGAACCUGGUCCGGUCACUCGUCGCUCAACGAUCGCGAGCUUCCCGAGGGACGCUUCCUCCACCGUCACCCGAAGAGCGUCACCUUUGAUGCCGCGCCGCCGCAGAUCAACGAGUACGAAAUGGCGACGCCCGACCUGUCGUCGGUCGGCACCAACUCGCGCGAGGGGAGCUUCGAGUCCGUCGACGACGACGAUGACGACGACGACGACGACGACGACGUCCUCUACGAUGCGGGGCAUGUCGGCGUCCAGGACGACAGCUUUGACGCCUCCCUCGAGGACACGGACAAGACGCCCGUCGUCGGACCCGACGACUGGCGGGGGGAGAGCCCCAUGGUCCACGGUCGCAGCCCGAUGCCGAUGGAGGUGAGCCCGAUGCCUGAGAGCGUCCCCUCCGUCGCCACCCGCGGUCACGCGUCCCACCAGCGGACCGACUCGGUCAACUCCAACGGCGACCACCGGCCGCUGCCCCCCCUCCCAGCCCUCGGCGUCGCCAGAGCCCAGUCGGCCGGAUCCAUGCCCACCUCACCGGGACUCUCGGCCACGGCCGAGCGGAUGGUCGGAGGCGGCUCCCUCCGGAACCUGCCCGUCCCGCCUCCGGCUUCGGCCAGCAAGAUGGACAUCCAAAGCUUUGGCAAUGGCAAGAUGACCCUUGAGGAGCGUCUCAAGCUUAUGAUGCUGUCGGACGAUGGCGGCGGAAAGGCGGCCGCCGACGAGCAGCGCGAGCGCCGACUUCGAAGGGGCGCCAGCCGCGACCGAGACGCCACUCCGCCGCAGCAGCCGGAGGCGGACGGCCUCGAAACGCGGCACGACGACGAGGACGACGACACUGUCGGCGACAUGUCGCUUCUUGACGAUUUCCAAAUGCCCUCCCGAAUCUCCCGCGAUUCCAUCAUGCGUCGUGUCAAAGGCAACAAGGUGCUGGACAAGGAGUCGGAAUACCACUUCUCAUCGCCCGCCGCCGCGCCCCACGUGCUCGACCCCGACAUUCCCAUCCCGUCGACGGAGGAGGGUGACUCCAUCGUCGAGGAUUCCAUCAUGGACGACGCCGACCUCGACGACGAUGGUGAGCGGGAGGGCAGCGUCAUCAUCACCAGGGACCCUGAGAAUCACGUCCUUGACGUCCUCGACAUGUACGACUUCGACGACAACCGAGACCAGUCCCAGACGUCACGAGACGACGACGACGACGACGAGAGCCACUACUCGGAGCAAGAGCCGGCACGAGAAAGGUAUCAGCCGACGGAGGCGAACCCCGAGGCCGAGGUCACCACCCCCCGCGCCACCUCGCCUGCCCAGUACCUGAGUCUCGGCGGUGCCGUUCCGGAGGUGGCCCCUCCCCCGGUGCAGGGUCUCGGGCCGAUGGCGGAUUGGCAGGACAGCACGCCUCCUCCCACGCCAAAGGCCUCUGCGGAGAAUCUCGCGGGAGACGCCGCCGGCGUGCCGCGACCGCGAACCCCCGAGAGGCCCAUGUCCAAGCCCGAGUACGACGGAGCCGGCUGGGGCGAGCCGGAGGACGGAUCCGACGACGAGCCCGGCACGCCCGACUCGGUCAUCCACCACCCCAUGCUCGACGACGACGACGAGCCCCCCUCGCCCGUCAUCCCCGAGCGUGUGGCGACCGUCAAGUCCACCAUGGGUACCAAGCUGAAGACGAGACUCUCGAGCACGCCGGCCGAUCUCGCCACGAUGCGACAGGCACGCAGACAAGUCAGCCACGAGGUCCCCAGCGUCCCCCCCAUUCCCGAAUGGCAUCGGAGCCGCCAAUCGCGAGAGCAGGAUGCCGCUGCGGACGGCCAUCUCGAGCGCCAACUGAGUUUCAAGAACCGAAGCUUGACGUUGGACAUUGACACGGGGUUGAGCCUCGAUCAGGAUUUCGAGAGAGUCAUUGAAGCGCAAAAGCGUGGCUACCUCAUGCGCCAGAACACCAAAGUCGUCACGGCCAGCGACAUGGAGGGCGAUGCGGCGGUGAAGGCUCGCUCUGUAAACAACUCUCCUACCAAGCAGGAGCGACCGCCGUCGUGGAUUGUCGAGCCUUGGAACGGACGCUCUCGAUCGAGGAGCCCCAGGAAGCGUCCGGCCACGGGCCCCGUUCCGCCCCUGCCAGGCCAGGAGAGCAACAGCGCCGCUCUGGGCCGCGUGUCGGAGGAGAACGCAUCGUCGGAGACUGCCACGGUCGACACGGCCGAACGAGGUCGGCUGUUCGUCAAGGUCAUGGGCGUCAAGGAUCUGGAUCUCCCCCUGCCCAAGAAUGAGCGGACCUGGUUCAGUCUCACCCUUGACAACGGCGUCCAUUGCGUCACGACUGCCUGGCUCGAGCUGGCGCGCAAUGCCCCCAUCGGCCAAGAGUUCGAGCUCGUCGUUCCCAACGACUUGGAGUUUCAGCUCACCCUCAACAUCAAGCUGGAGAAGCCGGUGCACGCGGACAACCCGACCGUCUCGGCAAAGAUGAGCAAGCCCAAGACGUCCACUUUCAGCCGCGUCUUUGCCUCGCCGAGAAAACGAAGGGAGAUGGAGAUGAGGCAGAAGGCUGAGGAGGAACGCUUCGCGCAGCAGCAGCGAGACGCCGCAGCCCGCCGAAACAACGCGCCGACGGCGUACGAUCUCUUGUCGCCCCUCGCCGCCGAAGACGGCAGCUUCGCACGUGCCUACGUUUGCCUUAAGGAGCACGAGAGCCGGUGCUACGGCCGGCCGUACAUGGCCGAGGUAGCCUGCUUCAACGAGUGGGCCACGGAGGAUGAGAGCUUCGCGUCCAGCGUCAAGAGCAAGCGCGGGAACACGACCGUUGUCCGACGGGCCCCCUACAAGGUUGGCAAGCUGGACCUCCAGCUGCUCUUCGUUCCCCGUCCGAGGAACGCGGCGGACGACGACAUGCCCAAGAGCAUGAACUCGUGCAUCAGGGAGCUCAAGGCAGCCGAGGAACGGCUCUCGCACAACUGGGAGGGCCACCUCAGCCAGCAGGGUGGCGAUUGUCCGUACUGGCGUCGCCGAUACUUCAAGCUGGUCGGUGGCAAGCUGACGGCCUUCCACGAAGCGACUCGCCAACCGCGCGCCACCAUCAACCUGUCGAACGCGAAGCGCCUGAUCGACGACCGCCGAGCCUUGACGGAGAGGGAUAUGGUGCUCAAGGGCGGGAAACGGCGCCGAUCCGGCUUCGCCGAGGACGAAGAGGGCUACAUGUUUGUCGAGGAGGGUUUCCGCAUCCGCUUCAACAACGGCGAGGUCAUCGACUUUUACGCCGACACAGCCGACGACAAGGAGGGCUGGAUGAAGGUUCUCUCCGAGGUCAUCGGACGAGACGAGAGCGUCGCCGACGAGGAGACCAACGGCGUCAGGUCGCGGGCGAAAUGGUGCGAGAUCGUCCUUCGACGGGAGCAGGAGCUCCGCGGCCGAGCGGAGGGCCGGCGGGUGCAUUCUCGGAGCAAGAGCACGGCCACGUAA